AAAGAACUUAUAAGAGUCCGAAUUAAAAAAAUAGCAAAAGGGUUAUAACAAAGAACAAAUUGUUUUGCGUCACACACAAAAAAUAUUUUGAAACAGAGCGAAUAUUUUAGUAAUAAGCGCUUUAGUAGUAUAAAAACUAGAUAACUCAGCUAAUAGAAACAGGUGAAAAAACUUUUAUAUGCAGUUCCUCGGAAACAAUCUUUUCUUUUUUCAAGCUUUGUGUAAGGAUAAUCCUCUUGACAUGGCUUAGCUGGGUUCCAAGCGCUCUUGGCGUAGCUAUUAGCUAAUUUUUUUUUUAUGUGUUUAUUUAUUUAUUUAUUUGUUUAUGUAUUUUUUGUUUGUUUGUUUGUUUGUUUGUUUGUUUGUAUUUGCAAUAGGUUUUUGUGACGUGAAUAUCUUUACUGGCUUACCUUGUUAAAUGUGAGUGCACCAUGUGACCAACCAUGUGACCGUGUGAAAAAAACACAUUUGUCAUAGGUUAGAAAAAAAAUUAAAAAGAUGGCGACGGUUUUUUCGCUUAAAAAAUUAAACCGAUAAGGAAACUUAAAGAAUAAUAAAAUCUGUUCUUUUCAUUUCAGAUCUCAUAUUAAUAAUCCUUUAUUAAUUUAUUAAAUAUUUUUUCUUUGAGUUCUAUAUAUAUUAUUUCACUUACUAGCUUUGUUAUUCAUCUGUAAUGCUAAAUAUAAAUAAAAUAAAUAAAUAAAUAAAUAAAAGUACACAUAUCUUGCAGUCUAUACAAACGAAUAUUUUUUUAUUAGUUGUUGAAGAAAAACUUUGUUAAAUCAUUGUACAUCAUUCCAGGCAAAGGCAAAGAAGGAUUUAAACGAUUGUAAGUUAUUAUUAAAAGAUAUUGAAAAGAAGAACCUAAGAACAAAUAAUAUCAGAGUUGAAGAAUUACAAAGUAAAGAUAUACAAAAAGAAAUAAUCAAAAUAACGGAUGGAUUACAACACAUCAUAUUCCAACUUCACAAAUUCCUCGGUUCCCGUAACAGAGAAACUUACUACAACAGAUUCUAUCGCCUUAUGCCAACUAAUUACUGUGUUUUUAUUUGGAACUUCUGGGAAUAGCGUCGUUAUUUAUGUGUUUGCAUGGAAAAAGAGAAAAUCGAGAAGAAGAUUUGAAAGUUUAUUAUUAAUUUUGGGCGUAACAGAUUUUUGCGCUUCUUUGUUUGUUCCUGCUUUGUUUAUGUACGGCACCGCAACACAAUAUAAACAGUGGCAUUUUGGCUAUUUCGGGUGCAAAUUUAUAACCAGUUUAUUUCCGGUUAGCAUAACUAUAUCGCAAGGUAUUCUUGUAUUAAUAUCAUUCGAGAGGUAUAAAACGAUAACGAAUCCAUUUGGAGCAAGGCUAUCGCGAUCGUUCAUAGUUAACUGGUUGCUUACGAUUGUUGUAAUUGCACUACUUCUUGUUACCCCGUUUACAUACACCCUACAGCUGGUGACCGACCAAAAAUAUGGAAUUAAUACGUGUAUACCAACGAAGGACAAUUUUGAUGUGAUAUUUCUAUUUUCAUUGGGUAAUGUUGUCAGAGAUUUUGCUGCUACUAGCGGUAUGUUCAUAUUGAACAUUUUAACAGCAAAAAGUUUGCACAAGGAGCACAUUCUUCUAAAUGAGCUAGGCAUGAAAAAACGACUGGAAAAUGCAAACAAGGCAAGAAAAAUGCUAAUGGUCGUUGUUGUUGUUUUUAGUAUUUGUGUAUUGCCAGUUGACGUAUUCCAAGCUGUUUUUUAUACACUAAUCGAGGCAAAUGUCAACAUGAGUAAGAAGGUGUAUGAGGUAUUUCUUACUAGUAACACCUUUUUAACUAUUCUGCAGAUAUCGAACAGCGCGACAAAUAUUUUUAUAUAUUCAAAGAUGCACAAAGACUUUACGCGAAACCUAUUUGCGUGCUAUCGAAAAGGGAAUGAAUUAUUACGCGAAUCGUUUAACCGCGUAACCUUCCGAAGCACUAGAUCGGAAAGUAUGGUUUCUUUACCAGGUCAAUUGAUUAAAACGCCGACACCUGAUGACAAUGACGUUUUCAGUACCGAUUAAAAGACGCAUUUUGGUUCGAUCAAUGUUUAAGAACAAUGGAAGUUUAACACAGUGAGUGUAUCAAGAAUUCAAAAUAGUUAUUAUUGUUAGUCAUUCUUGCAUAAACAGCUUUAUGAGAUCUCGCUUAUGGCCGUUGUCAAUAAUUGCUAGUGUUUGGAUUAAAUAAACGCGUUAAUUUAUUUUCCGCCGGCAACGUUUGUAUUUUGGCAACUUUUGAAGUAAGACGACUUAACUUUCAAACCAACGUAUUUAAACAACCAAUAAAUAUUUCGAAAGCUAGCGGAUUGAUUGUAUUAAGCGCCGACCCCAAAACAAUGGAAGCUGAAGACACAAUUAUUGUUAUCUUUUUUUGCUGAAAUGCAUUAAUAAUAAAUGUAUGUGCAAACGUAAAUGUAAAUUCAAGCCAAAUAAUCAUACGAAAGUUUUGAGAUGUAAAAACAUAUUGAACGGCAUUAGGAUAGAUGAACAAUUAUAAUUGAUUAAGGCUAAAGGAGGGUGGGUAGUCUAGAUAAUGCAAGUUAAGGAAUAAAUUAAAGCGUCACGAAAAAAAAUAAAUAAAUGAAUGAAUGAAUGAAUGAAUGAAUGAAUGAAUGAAUGAAUGAAUGAAUGAAUGAAUGAAUGAAUAAAUAAAUAAAUAAAUAAAUAAAUAAAUAAAUAAAUAAAUAAAUAAAUAAAUAAAUAAAUAAAUAAAUAAAUAAAUAAAUAAAUAAAUAAAUAAAUAAAUAAAUAAAUAAAUAAAAAAAUAAAAAAAUAAAUAAAUAAAUAAAUAAAUAAAUAAAUAAAUAAAUAAAUAAAUAAAUAAAUAAAUAAAUAAAUAAAUAAAUAAAUAAAUAACAAUAUUCAUGCUCCCGAAAUUGAAUCUCAGUGCUCCCGAAAAUGCAAAAAUGCUCCCAAAAUUGAAAAAAUAUAUUUAAUUUCGGGAGCAUGCUCCCGAAAUUGAAAAUAUUGCUCCCGAUGAUAAAUUAAUGCUCCCGAAUUUAAAAAAUAAAGUUUCAUUUUCGGGAGCAUGCUCCCGAAAUUGAAAAUGUUGCUCCCGAUUUAAAAAUUAAAUUCGUGCUGGUUUCACACGACUCUAAGAAACGCACGUUUGUUUUGGUGGUUUUGGUUGUGCAUGUGCAGCAAUGGCUUUGUAGACAGAAAGAUUUGGUUUCAAAAAGGUUUAUCUCUUACUUGAUAAAGCAUGUUAACUAGGUUGACUAGUUCUUUCUGAGUAAGAAUUAUUUUACGGUACUGUUGUCGUAUUACACACAUAUUUAGCUAGCCCUCAGCAGGAAAAUGUGUUUUAGUGGUGAAGGGAGGAAGAUUACUGGCCCUCUUCUCUUUAAUUAACCCAGUAAUUUAAACACGGCCCCCUCUUGCUGACAAACUUAAAGUAUGAUUGGCAUAUCAUAUAUUGAUAGCAUAUCUCACAGAUGUUUAGCUGGUUAGUUUAGUUCCUAGAUAGGCAUUGAUAGCUAUCAUGCCUUUUCGGUGUUUAGUAAAGGAAUACUUUAUGGCGACCUUCACGAGAAAAGAAUAUUUAAAUACGUACAAGGCUUUAAGCUAAGUACAAAGUGUUACAGGUUGUUGAAAUUUUUUUGAAGACUGGGUGUUAAGCUUAUAGUUAGGGACACAAAUGCAUGUAGAGAUUUUAAUACCACAGGCGAUUGUUUUUGUAAGCCUGUCAAGAAAGGGGGUGUUUUACUGUAAAUUGUUAUAUAAAAAUAUUAUAUUCUUCUACAUUUUUUAAUAAGAAUAAAAUUUAAACAAUUCACACUGCAACAUUCUUACGUGGCACUUUGUGAAUUUGAAAUUUUCUUUAAUGUUAAAAUGAUAUGUCUAAUAGAUUUAUUUUGUGUGUUUUCUUUAACUUUUUCUCUUGGGAAACAAAACUUGUUCACAAUUUUUUUCUGUUUGCAUGUUAUUCGUCAUAUUUUAUAAAUAAUUAAAGAGAUGAGUCUGCUGCAGGGGUGUUUUAAAAUAAAAGACCAAUCAGGUAUCACCUAAUUUUUCAAAAUACAUCUGCAAAAAAAAAAGUUGUUUUGACCAUAAAAAGAAUUUUCACAGUUGAAAUCUUUUUCAAUGCACAAGGAGUGACAUUAGUAUUUUCGAGGAAUUUUCCGUUCAAGAAUACCUCACAAAUCAAUUUUAAAAAACAACUGCGUAGUGCGUAACAAAUAUCAUUGCCUAUCUGAAUAACAAAAUAUGUUCUGUCUAACUUCGUAACAAAAAUCACGAUUUGAUAUCAGCUUUUUGUAAACUUUUUUUGCGAGGUUGUUCGCGUAUAUCAUACGUCUUGUUUAUUAUUUAUUUUCUCUUUUGAGAAUUGUAGCUUGAUAUAUAUGUAUACAUUAACAUUCCCAUGUUUCCUGACUUAAAAAAAAUAACAAACUUUUGCAUAUUGUAAUAUUUAAUUGAGAAAUAACAUUGCAUUAAAUUUACAAGCAUUCCUGUAGUAAAUUUUUUUUGUACAUAUUGAUGUCCUAUUCGUUAUCAUAACCAAGUUGUAGAAGUAAUCAGGUCAAGUAAAUAUGUAUAAUUGGAGUUUGCUUCAGAAAGAAAUAUAAACAACUUGUCAAGGCGUUAUUAUACAUCUAAUGAAGUAGUCUGGAAUUUAGGAUUUGUCUGGAAAAGUAUUGUGUGGAACUCCGAUUACAAAAAAUGUUGUAGCUUUCCCAAUCAUAUUUUUUAUAGUAUAUUAUAGUUUUAUAGUUUUUGUUGGGUUUAUUUCUUUGGUUUAGAAAGGUAAAGAAAAAGGUUUGACCAGUGUUUAUAAAGAAGAAAUAUUACUAAAGAAGAAUCUGAUAAUCGUUCUUGUCAUGAGUAAUCCAACUGAAGUCGACUUAACGGGAGCUUGGUUUAACUUGAACAUUUGUUAAGUCGAACUAUUUUCAUCAGUCCUUUUGGAGGUUCGAGUAAACAGGAGUUAACUGUAUAUUAAUUUGAAAACGAAGUAAUUAUGGGUUUGGUCGUAACUCGUGCGACUACAAAGAUAAUUUACCUUAGACAAACCACCAAAGAAAAAAACGGAAAAGAACACUAGCAGGGACAACUCGUUUUUUAAAAAAAAAUCGAAGAAGAAAAGACGAUCAUGGCAUUAGAGUUAUGUGUGGAGAGAUUGCUAAAAACAGGAAACAAAAAAUGUAUAUAGCUUUUUUCAUGGAAAAAAUUUUCGCAUAUUUUAAACUUUCACUAAUGUUAAAAUGUUGGCCAUAAGAUAUUAGCGGAAAAGAAAGUUAUAUUACGGCCAAAGUCUUUUUUUCUGCGAAAGUUUUUUUUUCCGCAAAAGUUUCUCCACACAAAUAUAGUUAAAAAAUCUCUAAUGCGAUUUAAAAGUCAAUUGAGUAAGGCUCCUACUAAAUGUAUCUAGAACAGCAGCAUUUGGACGCACUGGACCGAAGAGAAGUAUACAAAUUCAAGUUGUAAUCACAUAUUUCUUUCCUAACGUGAAAUGAAAAUGUGUAAAAAAAUUUUUUGCGUUGUGUAUAGUUUGUACUUGCUAAGACAUAUCAUCAUCACAACUUCAGAAGACAUAACUCUUUUACCGCGUCCGUUCACUGAACUUUAAAUACAUCUGACACAAAAUGACUGAUUUAAUUACCAAGGUUUACAUGGAAUCUAAAAACACACCCACGGAAAACCGUCUGGAUAAAAAAGAAGACGAUUUUUAGUUAGUACGAUUUUCUAAUAGGAAAGGAUUUGUUUUUCACUUUCCAGUUUGAUCUUUUCGCGCGUGAACGAAUUUUCGCACAGUUAUUAAAAGGUACGCAAAAAUUGGUAGCCCGUGAACUGCAAUACACUUAAGGUAUUUACGGGACUUUUAGUGCAUGCAACCAUAAACAUGUUCGACUGUUACCUUCAUUUCUAGCAACGUCACCCUUUCCAAUUCAUGACGCCCUUUGUUAAAAACUGGAGACCGGAAAACGAAUAGAACAAGAAAACUCCAACAUAUUAACGUCGCUGAAUUUCUUAACAUGAUAGUACUCGCUGCGUUUGCAAAUGAAACCAGCCUAGUUCUCAGAGCCCUUUAAAUUUCAAAGGCGUUGCACUUCCUGAGAUGCCUUAUGACAAGUAAAAUGCCCCGGAAGCGAUUACGGUAACGAAAAUGGGAAAAACCAGAUUGAUUAUUCGUUAUAAUUAAUGACCUGCACAAAGAAAAACGUGAUGUUUGCUGCCGUACCUGUAAACAAAGAGAAUAUCAUAUCAAUGGCAUCAUAUGCACGUAGCACAGGCAAAAAAGUGGAGUAAAUAGCUCCCGAAAAUAAAAUCCUUGAAAUUUUGUUUCUCUUCAAAUUCUUUCUUAAUGGCUAAAUGCAUUCGAUUGCGACUUCUGACUGUUAACAAAGACGAGAUUGUCAAGGGCAAACUAGUGAAUUUGCAAAAAAUGUCCUAGGGCAGCCGUAUUUUUAGUAAGACUACAAAUUAACUAUGCUCCCGAAAUUAAAAAUCAGAAGUUUUUGUAGUUUUUGGUCAUUACUUAAGGCCCAAAGUAUAAAAUGAAAAAUUUUGGCAAUAAAUUUUGUUUAUCUCGAUGUUUUCUAACAGCACAAAUCAAAUAACUCGGAUAAAAGUGCUGUAUAGACUCCCAUCAUCGAUAACAAGUGUUGCGACAAAACGCGUUUUAAGGCUCGGUUCGAAAAGUGUACCUGAUAUGUUACACUUAUGAAAGACUUUCGGGCAUCUAAAAAGUUGCGUUUUUCUAGAUAGAUAUCGGAAUUUGUAGGUGGAAUUGGGUGGGAUUAGUGUGUUUUAGACACACCGAAGAGACAUUGUUCCUGGCCAAAAGACACAUUUCAGGGGGUUCGCAGUAGUGAAAUAAAUAUGCUUGCUCCCGAAAAUGAAAACUAUGUCUAUGAGAUAUAAUUCCUUGGUUCCCAGUCAAUCGUCUAAAAUUUUGCUAGCAGAAGGAAGUACUUAUUGGAGUACCUCUAAGUCAUAAUGAAAUUCAAGUCAUUUGCCCCAAAAUAUACCUAAAACUAUAGCAGUUAGUUAGAACAAUUUUUUCAAUUUCGGGAUCCUAUUACCUUAAACAUGAAUCUACAAAUAAAUAAAUAAAUAAAUAAAUAAAUAAAUAAAUAAAUAAAUAAAUAAAUAAAUAAAUAAAUAAAUAAAUAAAUAAAUAAAUAAAUAAAUAAAUAAAUAAAUAAAAAAAUAAAUAAAUAAAUAAAUAAAAAAAUAAAUAAAACAAAAUGAAUAAACAAGAAAAAAAACAAGCUUUAAUGGAAAGCGAACCCCUAAGCAUGUGGGUAAAGCCAAGCUACAGUAAUUUUUAAAUCACCAAACCGGUAAUAAUGUUCUUCCUCACAUAUCUUUCAAUUGUUAAAGUUCUAAAACUUUUUAUAUUUCGAACUCGAAAGGAGUUGGAAAAUUUGUUCAAGGGAAAUGAACAAUUUAUUACAUAACGCGGCACAACAGGUAUUCCAGGUGGAAAGUGUUCAAAGAUAGUCCACUAUAAAACUACUAUUUGGAUUCUUCGAAAUAUGAUGUAUUGAAAAUGGAAAAAAAAAUAUUAACGGCUUUAGGAAAAUAUUGCGUUACUACAGUAGACUCUCUAUAACUCGAACAGCCACGUGGAAUUGGACACCGUUCGAGUUAUAGAGAGGUUUGGGUAAUAGAGAGUUGGAAGUUUUUCCAAGUUUUUGUACAAAUUUUGUAUAAGUGGCCAAUUAAGCGUGAUUGUUUUCCCUUAUAUGGAAUUGGGACGAAUUUUUUCUUUGUGCAGGACUUGUUCUUUUCUUUACAUUUUGUCCCAGCAACAGACGCCAUGAUUGUAAAACUUCAAUACCAAAGAAUCGUGUUUACGUUUUGUUCGAAUGACAUUCGAAUCAUUUAAGACCCUUCACACAUGUAGUUCUAGAUACAUGUUGCAACGUUCGAGUUAUAGAGAGGAAAUACCCAAAGAGAUAAAAAAACGUUCGAGUUGAGGUGAGAUUCGAAUUAUAGGGGUUCGAAUAAUAAAGAGUGCACUGUAUUUAAAAAUAUACUUUCACUUAAAAAUAAUUUAUUUUAUGUUUUAUUUAUUAUACUUCAGUUUUUUAGCAUGCUGAACAGUCUGGACUGAUUGGUAAAGAUAAGUGGAUAUAAAAAUAACAGUUAUUUGUUUUUUGUGAAUAAAUGGAAAUAUAAAAAAGGAUUGUUGAACCUGCAAUGAAUAUGAAUUAAAAUAAAUGUAUUAACUUA